CCAUCAAAGGCAAUAAAUACGUCUUGCCAUGUUGAGAUUUGCAUUCAGUUCUUCCGUAACUGUUCCAAGUUUCACACAAUGAAGCCGUUUGUAGCAGCAUUUCUUCUUGUUGGACUCCUGUUCCACCUGUCCGGAGCGGUCCGUUUCACCGAAGAGGACUACCGUGUCUUCCGGCAAAAGUGCUCCAAAAUCCUUCAAACUUCGUCCGGAACCGUCGAGAAGGCCGAACAGAAGAACUUCCACACCGACAGCGAGGAGAUGAACUGCCUGAUUCGGUGCGUCGGAAUCAUGAGUGGAUUUUACGACGACGAAACCGGAACCAAUUGGGAUCUGGUCCGGGAGCAGCUGAACGAUAAGGAUGGAUUCGAUGAACAUCAGGCGGCUACGACGGCCUGUACCGAUGCACUUCCAGAGGAGGAACUGACCUCCAGUGUGUGCCGCAAGUCCUAUCUGUUCUUCCGGUGUGCCAUGAAGUCCGCCAAGGAGCACAUUCGCGAAAAGAGUUAGGGCAUUUGCGUUUUGGGAUGUGAAAUAAAACGAACGGUCUAACGCGA